AUGGCUUGCUCCAUUGUCCAGUUCUGCUACUUCCAGGACCUCCAGGCCGCCCGGGACUUCCUCUUCCCUCAUCUGCGGGAGGAGACCCCCAGCGGCGCCGUGCGGAGGGACCCCAGUAAAUCAAACUGGGAAGAUGAUGGUUGGGGAGCAUGGGAAGAGACGGAACCCCAAGAACCUUUUUACCCACAGGAAGAAGAAGGAAAUACUUGCAAAACACAAAAAACGUCCUGGCUGCAAGAUUGUGUUUUAUCCUUAUCUCCAACCAAUGAUCUUAUGGUUAUAGCUCGAGGGCAAAAAGCUGUUUUUCUAGUGCCAAAAUGGAAAUACAGCGAUAAAGGAAAGGAAGAAAUGCAAUUUGCUGUUGGCUGGAGUGGUUCUUUAAAUGUCGAAGAAGGAGAACAUGUAACCAGUGCUCUAUGUAUCCCACUAGCAAGCCAAAAGAGGAGUUCCACAGGGCGUCCUGACUGGACCUGCAUCGUGGUGGGCUUUACUUCAGGUUACGUGCGCUUCUACACUGAGAGUGGUGUGCUCUUGCUUGCACAACUUUUGAAUGAAGACCCAGUCCUACAGCUGAAGUGCAGGACCCAUGAAAUCCCACGACACCCUGGCGUGACCGAACAGAAUGAAGAGUUGAGUAUAUUAUAUCCGGUUGCCAUUGUGACUAUUGAUGGAUUUAGCCUUUUUCAGUCUCUUCGUGCUUGUCGAAAUCAGGUAGCAAAAGCUGCAGCAUCUGGCAAUGAGAACAUACAGCCCCCACCGUUAGCUUAUAAGAAAUGGGGUCUCCAAGAUAUUGACACUAUUAUUGAUCAUGCUAGUAUUGGUAUCAUGACUCUGUCCCCUUUCGACCAAAUGAAGACUGCCUCCAACAUAGGGGGAUUUAACGCAGCAAUUAAAAACAGUCCACCUGCCAUGUCACAGUACAUCACCGUCGGGUCCAGUCCAUUUACUGGCUUCUUCUAUGCACUAGAGGGGAGCACCCAGCCGUUACUGUCUCACGUGGCGCUGGCGGUCGCAAGUAAACUCACUUCUGCUUUAUUUAACGCUGCCAGUGGCUGGCUUGGUUGGAAAAGCAAGCACGAGGAAGAAACUGUGCAGAAGCAGAAGCCAAAGGUCGAGCCGGCCACCCCGUUGGCUGUCAGAUUUGGACUUCCAGAUUCUAGACGCCAUGGUGAAAGUAUAUGUCUGUCUCCAUGUAACACACUGGCAGCAGUAACAGAUGAUUUUGGCAGAGUAAUUUUAUUGGAUGUGGCUAGAGGAAUUGCAAUACGCAUGUGGAAAGGGUAUCGAGAUGCACAGAUCGGUUGGAUCCAAAUCAUAGAGGACCUCCACGAAAGAGUACCAGAAAAGGCAGAUCUUUCCCCUUUUGGAAAUACUCAGGGUCCAAGCCGAGUAGCUCAGUUCCUUGUGAUCUAUGCACCAAGAAGGGGAAUCUUAGAAGUGUGGAGCACACAGCAGGGACCUAGAGUUGGAGCCUUCAACGUGGGAAAGCACUGCAGGCUUCUGUAUCCUGGCUAUAAAAUAAUGGGCUUAAAUAAUGUUACCAGUCAGAGUUGGCAGCCGCAGACUUACCAGAUCUGCCUUGUUGAUCCAGUGUCUGGAAGUGUGAAAACAGUCAAUGUUCCUUUCCAUUUAGCGCUGAGCGACAAGAAGUGUGAACGAGCCAAGGACAUGCACCUAGUGAAGAAGCUGGCCGCCCUGCUGAAAACAAGACCUCCCCACCUCGAUUUGGUUGAAACACAAAUGAAGGAACUAAUUCUUGAUAUUAAGUACCCCGCAACCAAGAAACAAGCCUUGGAAAGCAUUUUGGCAAGUGAACGAUUACCAUUUUCCUGCCUUAGAAACAUCACUCAGACUCUAAUGGAUACUUUAAAAAAUCAAGAGCUGGAGUCUGUUGAUGAAGGAUUGCUACAGUUUUGUGCCAAUAAACUGAAAUUACUCCAUCUUUAUGAGUCUGUCAGUCAGUUAAAUUCCGUUGAUUUUCAUUCAGAUACGCCAUUCUCGGAUAAUGACUUGGCUGUGUUACUGAGGCUCGAUGAAAAAGAACUGCUUAAGCUCGUGGCAUUACUAGAGAAGUAUAAAGAGGAAAAAUCCAGGACUGCUACAGUCCGAUUUUCUGAUGCUAAGGAUGGUGUGUUACCCGUGAAAACAUUCCUGGAAUAUUUAGAGUGUGAGAAAGAUGCAGUCAACGUAAAGAAGAUAAGUGAAGAGGAGUAUGUGGCUUUAGGCAGUUUCUUUUUUUGGAAGUGUUUGCAUGGAGAAAGCUCUACCGAGGACAUGUGUCACACUCUGGAGUCAGCUGGACUGAGCCCUCAGCUGUUGUUGUCUCUGCUCCUGAGUGUGUGGCUUUCUAAGGAAAAAGAUAUUUUGGAUAAACCGCAGUCUGUGUGCUGUCUCCAUACGAUGCUGUCCCUUCUGAGCAAGAUGAAAGUGGCCAUCGACGAGACCUGGGAUUCCCAGUCUGUGUCUCCAUGGUGGCAGCAGAUGCGCACGGCUUGUAUUCAGUCUGAGAACAACGGAGCUGCUCUGUUGUCUGCACACAUUGGGCAUUCCAUUGCUGCACAGAUCUCAAACAGUAUGACUGAGAAAAAAUUUUCCCAAACAGUGUCGGGUGCUGAUUCUGAGGCCCUCACCGAUUCCUGGGAGGCCCUUUCUCUUGACAUGGAAUACUGGAAGCUCCUGCUGAAACAGCUGGAGGACUGCCUCAUCCUUCAGACUCUGCUUCACAGCAAAGCAAACACGCCAGCCUCCAAAGUGUCGUCACUGCAGGCUGAGCCACUCCCGAGGCUGUCUGUCAAAAAGUUACUGGAAGGAGGAAAAGGUGGCAUUGCAGACAGUGUAGCCAAGUGGAUAUUUAAACAGGACUUCAGCCCUGAAGUACUAAAACUGGCUAGUAAGGAAAGAGAUGCAGAAAACCCAGAUGAACCCAAAGAAGGCAUUAACAGAGGUUUACUUGAAGCAUCAGAGGUGGAGAUGACCCUAGGAGCCAUACCAGACUUGUUGCAUUUAGCCUAUAAGCAGUUUCCAUGCAGCCUUGAGCUGGACGUGCUGCACGCCCACUGCUGUUGGGAGUAUGUCGUUCAGUGGAAUAAAGACCCAGAGGAAGCACGUUUUUUUGUUAGGUCAAUAGAACACUUGAGGCACAUUCUUAAUGCGCAUGUUCAGAAUGGCAUUGCUCUCAUGAUGUGGAAUACAUUCUUGGUGAAAAGGUUUUCUGCUGCUACGUACUUGAUGGAUAAGGUUGGAAAAUCACCAAAGGACAGGCUAUGUCGAAGGGAUGUGGGGAUGAGUGACACAGCAAUGACCUCCUUCCUUGGCUCCUGCUUGGAUCUUCUUCAGACUUUAAUGGAGGCCGACGUCAGCCGGGACGAGAUGCAGGCGCCUGUCCUGGACACGGAGGACGCGUGGCUCAUGGUCGAGGGACCGAUCUCCAUCGUGGAGCUGGCGCUGGAGCAGAAGCACGUCCACUACCCGCUGGUGGAGCAUCACUCUGUCCUCUCCUCCGUCCUCUACGCCGUCAUGAGGUUUUCUCUGAAGACCGUGAAGCCGCUGUCACUCUUCGAUAGUAAGGGGAAAAAUGCAUUCUUCAAAGACCUAACUUCGAUUCAGUUAUUACCUAGUGGGGAAAUGGAUCCAAAUUUUAUUUCUGUACGACAACAGUUCUUACUGAAAGUCGUUAGCGCGGCCGUCCAGGCCCAGCACUCAGUCAUGAAAGACCGAGAGUCCAUAGAAGAGGCACCGACCACUCCUUUUGGGAAAGACCAAGACUGGCCAGUGCUAGCUGUGGAUUUGGCUCAUCACCUUCAAGUUAGUGAAGAUGUGGUUCGAAGGCAUUACGUGGGGGAGCUCUACAACUACGGAGCGGACCACUUGGGAGAAGAGGCCAUUCUCCAGGUUCAGGACAAGGAGGUCCUUGCCUCGCAGCUGCUGGUGUUAACAGGGCAGAGACUGGCUCACGCGCUCCUCCACGCCCAGACUAGAGAAGGAAUGGAGCUACUGGCCAGACUUCCGCCCACGCUCUGCACUUGGCUGAGAGCCAUGAACCCCCAGGAUCUUCAAAACACAGAAGUGCCAAUUGCAACGACAGCUAAACUAGUAAAUAAAGUCAUUGAGCUUUUACCAGAAAACCAUGGGCAGUACAGUUUAGCCUUACACCUCAUUGAAGCGGUGGAAGCCAUAUCUCUUCCUUCUUUAUGACACUUACCUACUGAAAAUGGUCCCAA